AUGAGCAACGACAGUGUAUCCUCGAAUCGAGUCUCGAAGCGGACUCCAGCCGUGGCAAUCGGCGAACUUCCAGGCUCGUUGCCAAAGUCCCAGGUCCCGGCAGACACGGACUGUGAAGCAGUCGCUCGCGCCCAUCUAUCACGACUCCUGUCGCUGUCAGUGGACGAUGUCACAGAGUCUGUGAUCUGGAGAGACUUGCUGGCAUUGACGGGCACGUUCCGGACUUUCUACAGCGCACCGAGCGUGACGGAGGCGUGGACAAACACGUUUGGUCGCCACGGCCAGGUCGACGACUUGCAGUUGACGCCGGGCACUGCAAAGGUCUUCAGAGUGCUCGACGCUUCGUCCUGGAUCGAUGCACAAUUCACCUUCCGCGCCUCGCAGGGUGGUCUUCCACUUCGCUGCUCCGGGUUCAUCUCUCUGGUGCCGACCGACAACAAAGGGUGGAAGAUCUGGAUGAUCCGCACGAUUCUGGACGAGGUGGCGGAUUAUGGCAACGUCGAUGUCCUGGAUCCAGUCGUGCCUCACAUCAAAGAGAGGGACAACGGACUUUCCCAACACGUUGACGCUCUUGUAAUCGGCGGGGGUCAAGCAGGACUGGGAAUCGGUGGACGCCUGCACGCUUUGAACGUCUCUUAUCUCGUGGUCGACAAGUUCGACUCCGUGGGAGACAGUUGGAAUACCAGAUACGAUUCCACAAAGCGACACUUGCCCUUCUACCGCACCUACGACAACUCAUAUCCCGAGUUUCUGACAAAGGCAGAUAUUGCAAAGGGCCACAGAGACUAUGUCAAGAGGUUCGGAAUCAAUAUCUGGCAGUCGACCGAACUCAUCUCCAGCUCGUGGUCAACUCAACAGAAGAUCUGGACUUGCAGGUUGAGUCGAGGCAGUGAAGAAGUCACCGUGACGGCAUUCCAUCUCGUCUUUGCCGGCGGUUCAGGCGGACGGUGGCCCAUGAUGCCCUUAUUGCCGAACAGGGAACAGUUCAAAGGCAUCGUCCUGCAUUCAUCCGACUAUCAAAAUUCGAAUGACUGGCGCGGACUCCACGGAGUCGUUGUGGGCUCGGCAAAUACCGGACAUGAUGUCGCCGAGGACAUGUUGAAUGCGGGUCUUGCAUCAGUGACGAUGGUUCAGAGGGGUCGGACAUAUGUACUCCCGGCUGAACACUACAUGGCAGUGACCAAAGCAUUCUACAACCUCGACACUCCAACCGAGAAAGCUGACGGGGAGAGCUUUUCCUUCCCUGCUUCCAUCCGCCGCCAAAUCAUCCUGAACCUCCUGCACGCAAUGGCCCGGGAUGAUGGCGAGCGGUUCGAUGCCCUCCAAAAGGCAGGCUUCGACGUCGAAAGAUACGGAGACCUGAUGCACAUCCUGUUUGAACGUCUCGGCGGCCACUACAUGGACGUGGGGGCCUCGGCCAAGAUCAGCGAUGGAUCGAUCAAGGUCAAGUCCGGAAGUUCUCCCACCCACUACACGGCCACGGGGCUCGCAUUCGACGACGGCACAGAGCUCAAAGCCGACGUGAUUGUCUUCACUACGGGCUUUGUGGGCAACCUGCGCCAGAUCGCCGGACGGAUAGUUGGGCCCGAGAUUGCGGAUCAGCUCGACGAUUUCUGGGGGGUGGAUGCCGAAGGGGAGCUCAGAGGAGCAUUCAAAUACGCUGGGCAUCCGGGACUGUGGUUCACUGGGGGCGACAUUGGCAUUGCAAGGUACUAUGGUCGAUUCAUUGCAUUGCAGAUCAAAGCACACUUGAUGGGGACUCCGCUGAGAGUGUACGAUGCGUGA